CCAAGGCCAGCGUGGUUGUCGCAACCGAGUCCGGGGGAUUCUCAUCAUCAACCGCAAGUAGUCGAGAAACAACUAUCGCCUCCAACAGACGAGCACAAAAGCAAUGGCAGCUCGAGUAUAGAAAUAACACCUGCGCGACCAUGACGGACCCAAGCCAAAUGGACCCUUUCCUCCAGGUCCAAGCAGAUGUCCUGGCGACGCUGCAGACCACUCGUCCCCUAUUUUCUUCUUACCUUCGUAUCCGCUCCCUCGCGACCUCACCUUCAAAUCCGGAACUGCAGCAAGCACGGUCGGAACUCGAGUCUACGCUUCAGGACCUCACUGCAGAUCUGAGCGAUCUAGUUGAGAGCGUCCGCGCCGUUGAACACGAUCCUUACAGAUAUGGCCUUGAGUUGGACGAAGUGCAGCGUCGACGGCAGCUGGUGGAAGAUGUUGGGUCAGAGGUUGAGAAGAUGAGAGAGGAGUUGGAAAAGGCAGUAACUAGCGGUGCUGGGAAAGGAAGAGGUGCUGGAUCGGAACUCCCGAAUCCAUCAGAUUUCGACAACCUGUUAUCCCCCGAUGCUUCAGGAGAGGGAAGAGGAGAAGAUUAUUAUUCAUCCAUGGAACAGCAGCGGCAGCUCGAGCUCAUGCAAGAGCAAGAUGAGCAGUUGGAUGGUGUUUUCCGCACGGUUGGAAACCUGCGACAGCAGGCCGACGAUAUGGGCAGGGAGCUCGAGGAGCAAGGAGUCAUGCUCGAUGAAGUGGAUACGCUGGCCGAUCGCGUUGGAGGAAAGCUACAGAAUGGACUGAGAAGGGUUAAACACAUCGUGAGGAAGAACGAGGAUACAAUGUCUUCCUUUUGCAUAGCCGUCCUGAUCUUCGUGCUCAUACUAUUACUCAUCUUGGUGAUUGUCAUGUAAUAUACAACGGAAAACAAAGGGGGGUUAACGACUUUUCAACGACGAGGGGGUAUUCUUUCAAGGGCGGAAACGAUUCAGUUGCGAGCCUUCUUGCGAGGUCGCUCCUCCUCA